CGCUUUGGUUUGAAGAUUACAGUAGUAGUUCCGUUAAAAUUGGCGGGAAUUGUCACCACGCACCUGCUUAUAUUAGCAAUGUCGCAUGCUCGCUAUUAUGUAAAAGAAGAAGUGAGAAACAAUAAGAACAGACAUCGUUUCAGACAGAUAGCACGAGAGGUCUGCGGUGAAGUUUUUGACGUACCUGAAGACAAUCGGGUCCUAUUUGCUUACCAAAAACAUCAUGGCAAAGAGACUCUCAUUGGUGAAAUUAGUUUUCAACUCGCCAAUGAAAAAUUGACAUCACCAGGAGUUCCCUUUGUUUCUGAAUAUUUUCAUCAAGUUACUUUCAUGUUUGUGAAAUAUGAUUUCCAAGGAAUAGGAAUUGGUCGCCGCUUAGUAUCCAAAGCUUUAAAGAUAAUGACAGAAAAGUCUGCCCGACCUAUACGAGUACAAAGUGCAGAAAAAGCUGUGGGAUUCUUUGAAAAGAUGGAUUUUGUAUGCCAGUGUGAACCAAUCGAAAGUCUCUGUGGUGUAAACUUAUUUAGAUUCAUGUAUAAUAUGGAAAGACCUCUUGGAAAACCAUAAUUUUGUGAACACAGUAUCAUGUUUUAUCAUUAUUUUACCACUGCCAGCUGAGAAAGUAACUUGAAACAACACAUUCAACAAUUGUUUAAAAAAUCUUUAAGGUGGUACAUUUUGUAAUGGGCAUUUUAUGGAUGACACCAUAAGUACUUGGUUGUGUAACUCCCUUUUUUGUGUAAAUUUUUUAAUAAGAGUCCAAGCCUAUGACCAGGGGAGUUAUGUUAUAUAUAGAUAAUUGACAAAACUCACAAAUUAAGCAUGUGGUUUAAAGAAACUAUAUUAAUGUAUUCAAUGAUUAAGUGACUCUGAUGAAGUUGUAGUCUUUAGUAAAGUACAAUCUUUUUUUUAACUUUCAAGUUCAAGCUCUAAAGAAGCAUUAAUGAUAUGCUCUUUAGCAUUGUGAGAAUUUCAAUAAUAAGUUUACCAUGUUGAACUGUAGUAAAUGUGUUAUAUAUUGAAAAACAGUAUUCAAUGAAAUUUUGUAUUGCACAGUUUUUAAUGAUUGCAUUUGAUUUAAUGUUUAUUUGUGUUCCCUGUAUUGGCCAUGUUAUAAUUGUAUAUAUGUACAUAAACAACUACAAAUUGUACCUUGAAUAGAUUUGUUUGUCCUGGAAGGUGAUAUAUUUAUUGAUAAUAAUUGAAUGUUUCAAUAACGAAUAAAGGAAUACCAACUUA